CCGAGAGAGUUGUGCGUGGGUUUUAGAUGUACUUGCCAGUUUAUAGUUCCAACUUCCAACAGCACAUAAAAGAACGCAGUUCUUCAGUACUGUACAACGUGCCGCCACCUUCAUUUUCACCGUUUUCCCUUCAUUCUUUUUCUCACCGCCAUUCUUCUUCAUCUUCUUCGUUGAUUCAAUGAUGGACAAAGAAUCUCUAACCGCACCUGUAAAAUCCUCUGUCGACAAAUUUCAACUUGUUCCGGAAUUCCUCAAGGUUAGAGGAUUGGUGAAGCAACAUUUAGAUUCAUUUAACUAUUUUGUUAACACCGAUAUCAAGAAAAUUGUUCGUGCUAAUUGUCUUAUCAAAGCCAGUAGGUACCCGCAUAUUGAACUAAGGUUUUUGAAUGUCAGAAUUGGUCAACCGUCAAUAACAAGGGAUGGUAUCCUUGAGUUAGUUACCCCACAGACAUGCCGACUAUCUGACCGAACGUAUGAUGCUCCGAUAUAUGUCGACGUUGAAUACACUCAGGGAAGUCCAGAUAACAAAAUUAGAGUGCCAAAGACCGAUGUUUUAAUUGGAAGAUUGCCUAUUAUGUUACGGAGUUGUUGUUGUGUUUUGUCUAAUAGAGAUGAAGCCGAGCUUGCAAAACUUGGCGAGUGUCCCCUUGAUCCUGGAGGAUAUUUUGUAGUCAAAGGGAAUGAGAAGGUAAUUUUAAUACAAGAACAACUUUCGAAGAAUAGAAUAAUUAUAGACACGGACAAGAAAAAAAACAUUACUGCGUCUGUUACAAGCAGCACAGACAAAGUAAAAACAAAAACUACCAUUUUGAUGGAAAAGGAGAAGUUGUGGUUAGAAUUGAAUCAAUUUCCAAAAAAGGUUCCUCUUAUGGUUGUAAUGAAAGCUAUGGGGAUGGAGCACGAUCAAGAAGUUGUACAGUUGAUUGGAAGAGAUCCUCGUUACAGUUUUCUACUUAUGCCAUCCAUAGAGGAAUGUACAAAAAUUGGUAUAUUUACCCAAGCCCAAGCAUUGGACUACGUUGAUUCAAAGGCUGUAAAACGUCACGUGCCUGGAAACAUGCAACCUCCAAAGGAAAGACAAGCAUUUAACAUCCUAAGAGAAACAUUUCUUGCAAAUGUGCCGGUGCACGGAUAUAAUUUUCGGCCGAAAUGUAUAUAUGUCGCUGUUAUGAUAAGACGCAUUAUGGAUGCAAUUCUAAAUAAGGAUGCGAUGGAUGACAAGGAUUAUGUUGGAAACAAACGAUUGGAGUUAUCUGGCCAAGUUAUCUCUCUUCUAUUUGAGGAUCUUUUUAAGUCGAUGACAACUGAAAUUAAGUUUGCGGUGGACAAAUUGUUGGAUAAGCCAGACAAAGCUAGGAAGUUUGACUUUCUUACUCAACUUAUUAAUCGAGAUUGUAUCACUCCCGGUUUGGAAAGGACUCUCUCGACUGGUAAUUUUGACGUUAAAAGGUUCAAAAUGCACAAGAGUGGAGUAACACAGGUGCUACAAAGGUUAUCCUUUAUAAGUGCUUUGGGCCAAAUGACAAGAGUCCAGCCACAGUUUGAGAAGUCUAGGAAAGUAAGUGGCCCUAGAGCUUUGCAGCCUAGCCAGUGGGGCAUGCUUUGUCCCUGUGAUACUCCUGAAGGUGAAUCUUGUGGACUAGUAAAGAACCUGGCUUUGAUGACUCAUGUCACUACUGAUGAAGAGGAGGGCCCCCUGAUUUCUCUGUGCUAUCUUUUGGGUGUUGAAAACAUGGAACAUCUAUCUGGAGAAGAGCUUCAUACACCCAAUUCAUUUCUUGUCAUUUUUAAUGGUAUGAUCCUUGGCAAGCACAGGAGACCACAGCGUUUUGCUACUGCAAUGAGAAAGUUGCGGAGAGCUUGUCUAAUUGGCGAGUUUGUGAGUGUCUAUGUCAAUGAAAAGCAGUGUUGUGUUUACUUAGCUUCAGAUGGUGGUAGAGUUUGCCGUCCUCUCGUCAUUGCUGACAAUGGAAUAUCAAGAGUCAAAGCUCAUCAUAUGAAAGAGUUAAAGGAUGGAGUGUGCGCAUUUCGUGACUUUUUACGCAAUGGCUUGAUUGAGUAUCUUGAUGUUAAUGAGGAAAACAAUGCUUUGAUUGCUUUAUAUGAAAAAGAUGCGACACCAGAAACUACUCAUAUUGAGAUUGAGCCUUUCACUAUCUUAGGAGUUAUUGCGGGAUUAAUUCCAUAUCCUCAUCAUAAUCAAUCUCCCAGAAACACAUAUCAGUGUGCAAUGGGAAAGCAAGCCAUGGGAAAUAUAGCAUAUAACCAGCUCCGACGGAUGGACACCUUACUUUAUCUACUGGUUUAUCCUCAACGACCUUUACUGACAACAAAAUCAAUUGAGCUGGUUGGGUAUGAUAAGCUUGGAGCAGGUCAGAAUGCAACUGUAGCUGUCAUGAGCUACAGUGGUUAUGAUAUUGAGGAUGCAAUUGUCAUGAACAAAUCAUCUCUUGAUCGAGGCUUUGGCCGUUGUAUAGUUAUGAAAAGGUAUGCCGCUGUCCGACAAAAGUAUUCAAAUGGCACAGAAGAUCGAAUAGAAAGGCCCGAUAGAGCUUUAAACAAUAUGCAGAUACUUGAUGAUGAUGGGAUUGCUUCACCUGGCGAAAUUAUUAGGCCAACUGACAUUUAUAUCAACAAGAAAUCACCAACUGAAACACAGAAUAAAGUGUCGUCAACUAACUUGCCUGAUAGUGCAUAUCGGUCUAAUUAUUCAACAUUCAAUAAAUGUCAUGGAGGUGAAGUGGUUGAUAAAGUAGCUCUUUGCAAUGAUAAGGAUAGCAACAUGUGUAUCAAAUUUCUAACCCGUCACACUCGGAGGCCCGAGCUUGGGGAUAAAUUCAGUAGCAGACAUGGGCAGAAAGGUGUUUGCGGAACAAUUGUCCAGCAGGAGGACUUCCCAUUUUCUGAAAAAGGCAUUUGUCCAGAUCUGAUUAUGAAUCCUCAUGGGUUUCCAAGUCGAAUGACAGUUGGAAAGAUGAUAGAGCUUCUUGGAGGGAAAGCAGGAGUUUCGUGUGGUAAAUUUCAUUAUGGCAGUGCUUUUGGGGAAGAAAGUGGUCAUGCUGACAAGGUUGAAACCAUAAGUAAAACUCUUGUGAAACAUGGCUUCAACUACAGUGGGAAAGAUUUCAUUUAUUCAGGUAUUACGGGUUGCCCAUUACAAGCUUAUAUUUUUAUGGGGCCAAUAUACUACCAGAAAUUAAAACACAUGGUGCUGGAUAAGAUGCAUGCUCGUGGUAGUGGCCCUAAAGCCCUGAUAACUAGACAGCCAACAGAAGGGAGAGCUAGAAAUGGAGGUCUACGAGUCGGAGAAAUGGAACGUGAUUGCUUAAUUGCAUAUGGUGCUAGUAUGUUGAUUUUUGAGCGACUCAUGUUAUCUAGUGAUCCUUAUGAAGUUCAGGUCUGUAGAGCUUGUGGAUUGUUGGGAUAUUACAACCAUAAGUUGAAAGCUGGUGUUUGUUCAUCUUGUAAGAAUGGAAAGCAGAUUUCCACCAUGAAGCUACCAUAUGCAUGCAAACUCUUAAUUCAGGAACUCCAAUCAAUGAACAUUGUUCCACGCUUAAAACUAGAAGAUGCCUAAGUUUUAGAGAUGAUCCAACUUCAAGGAUGCAUGCAGCUGUCGAGUGAAUGCAAAACAUAAUUGUUUUAGCCUCUUCGAUGUUAGAACUCAUUCAAACAAUUUUGAUUUAUAUGGUUUCAUUUUUAUGUUGAUAUUGAAUUUCACGAUGAAUGAAAUGGUUUAAUGGUGCUUUUACUAGGAGUUGUAAAAACUUUUCAAAGGUAAAGUGAUUACUCAAUGGGAUACCAAACAGAGCUAAGAGGAUUCGUUGUCUUUUUCUUGUACGCUUCAUUUAAGUUUAACAUGGUUUUUAAACUUCAUUUUAUCUAUA